AUCAGUUUUGGUUUCAGAGAAAGUGAAAGUUAGAGAGCGCUGUGAUGAAGAUGGCAGUGAGCAGCGAACCACAUGCUUUGUCUUGCUCGAUAUGCUUGGAUGUACUGAAGAGUCCUGUGACCCUUCACUGUGGCCACAGCUACUGCAUGGACUGUGUAAAUGCCUACUGGGACGAGGAGGAUAAAGCUGGUGUUUACAGCUGUCCGCAGUGCAGACACACUUUCAGCCCAAGACCUGUGCUGAACAAGAGCACGGUGCUGGCUGAUUUGUUGGGGAAAAUGUCAGGGGAAGAUCGACCCACCCCUCCAGCUAUGGAUGAAGUUGCUCCAGGAGAAGUGGAGUGUGAUUUCUGCACUGUGAGGAAGCUGAAAGCCGUCAAGUCUUGCCUGGUGUGUUUGGCCUCUUACUGUGCCACUCACUUGCAGCCUCACUACGAGUCUGCUGCUUUCAAAAGGCACAAGCUUGUGGAAGUCUCUGCUUCCAUACAAGAGAAAAUCUGCUCUAAGCAUGACAAGUUGCUUGAGGUCUAUUGUCGCAAUGAUGGCCAAUGCAUUUGUCUGCUUUGUGUGAUGGAUGAUCACAAAGGUCAUGACACUGUCUCAGCUGCAGCUGAGAGGAAAGAGAGACAAAAACAAUUUGGAAAGAAGAAACAAAGAUACCAGCAAGGAAUACAGGAGAAAGAGAAGCAACUGCGACAGCUGAGACAGAAAAUGAAAGCACUAAAGUGCUCUGGAGAUGCAGCUGUCAAUCAGAAUGAGAAGGCCUAUGCUGAAAUUGUCCAAAUGGCGGAUAAAAGGCGAUGUGCUGUGAGGGAGGUGAUCAGAGUUCAGGAGGAGGCUGCAAUGAGCCGAGCUGAAGCACUCGUGGUUCGGCUGAAGAAGGAGAUCUGUGAGCUGAGGAAGGCAGAGGACGAUCUGAAGCAGCUGUCCCUCACUGAGGAUCACAUUAAAGUCCUGCAGAGAUGCCAGUCCAUUUUCGACCGCCCAGAAACUGAGGUGUCCACAGAUUUCAACAUCCACCUACACACAUCUUUUGACUUUGUGACAAGAGCCAUUUCUGAAUUGAGAGACAAACUGGAAAACCUAGGAAAGGCUGUUGCAGAAAUAUCUGAGACAAUUCAAGCUGAUCCUGAUCCAAAGACAAGACAAGAGUUCUUCCUGUAUUCCUGCCAUCUCAGUUUGGAUCCAAACACAGCAUUUGCAAACCUAAUACUUUCUGAGGGGAACAGCAUGGUUACCUGGAUUAAAAAAGCUCAGCGUCCCCCACACCACUCAGAGAGAUUUACCAAAUAUGAUCAAGUGUUGUGCACUGAAGGUUUAUCUGGAGUUUGCUAUUGGGAGGUUGAAUGGGGGGGGCCCAGGGUAGAGGUUGCUGUGUGCUACAAAGGGGCAGAGCUGGAGGAAAGUUGCUUUGCUUACACAGACCAGUCCUGGUGCAUUUCCCUUUCAAAUUCUGGUUGCACCUUUUGGCAUGAUGAAAUCAAAACCAGAAUAUCCAUCCCCUGCUCCUCUACUGUAGGAGUGUAUCUGAACCAUAAGGCAGGGAUCCUGUCCUUCUACACCGUGUCUGAUUCUGGUAAAAUGAGGCUCCUUCACAGAGUUCAGACCACAUUCUCCAAGCCUCUGUACCCAGGGUUCAUGGUCUCCAGAGGUUCCUCUGUUAGGAUACUCACACCAAAGUAGAUGGUUACUUGAGUGAAGUAUCUGUAUUAGAGUGUUUUUGUUUUUCUUUGUGCAUUUUCUUGUGUAUGCGUUAAACUACUCUCCAAAGUAAGUAAGCCUGCUGAUUAUUUCAUUAUAAUCAGCAGGCUGAGUGUGAGUCCACUCCAGACUGCACCAGCUUGUCCCUCAGAAGCACAGGCUGAAUAGUGUUGAAUGCGCUGGAGAAAUAAAAGAACAGAAUCCUCACAGCGCUGCCAGGCUUCUCCAGGUGAGUCAGGGCACGGUGCAGCAGGAAGAUCACAGCGUCCUCCGCUCCGAUCCCGGGUCGGUAGGCGAACUGCAGUGGAUCCAUUGCUGAGCUCACCUCAGCUCGGAGGUGGCCCAGGACCAGUCUCUCCAGUGUCUUCAUUAGAUGUGAUGUGAGAGCCACUGGCCUGAAGCUGCUAGGAUCCCUAGCAUGUGGUGUUUUGGGCACGGGUACCACACAGGAGGUCUUCCAU